AUGGCAACUCAUCAGCAAGCGCAAGCUCCUUCCGAUUUUCUAGCUCCGGCCGAUGGAAACUCCCAGCUUUCAGAGGUUACAAAGCCUACAAGCGAGGUUCAGCAACCUACGGAAACUGCUAAGCAGGAAUCUCCGCCCUCUGUGUUUAAGAACUCAGAACCAAUACGGGAGGAUCAAAUUCAGAACGCCAUCAAGUUCCUUUCUCACCCGAGAGUUAGGGGCUCGCCUGUAAUACAUAGAAGAUCGUUUCUCGAGAGGAAAGGCCUCACAAAGGAAGAGAUUGACGAAGCAUUCCGCCGUGUUCCUGACCCACCACCAAGUUCACAGACAACUAUUAGCAGUCAAGAUGGACAGCAAGCAGUGUCUAAUGUUCAGCCACAAGGGCAGAUACAAGCCACGCAGCCUGCUCCUGCGCCGCCCGUUGUCAUGAUUCCGCCUCCAAGUUUUCUCUCCCGCUUUCGAUGGUACCAUGCUGCUCUUGCUGUAGGAGUUUUAGCGGCUUCUGGUGCCGGAACAGCUGUUUUCGUAAAGAAAUCGCUCAUCCCCAGAUUAAAAUCGUGGGUCCGCAGUAUUAUGUUGGAAGAAGAAACUGAUCCUCUGAAGAAAGCUGAUGCAAAACCUAGCUUGGCUGAAGAAGCAGUAGCUGCAGCCAAAGCUGCUUCUGCGGCUGCUUCGGAUGUAGCCAGGGUUAGUCAGGAAAUGAUUAAAACGAAGGGUGAAGAGAAAAAGUAUUUUGAGGACUUGAUGCACCUGUUAGGUGUCCAAGUACAAGAAAUGAAGUCCUUGAGCAAUAAUAUCCGUAUGCUCGAAGGUAAAUCGAACAACCUCCCAAAGAUUUAUUCAGCUGACCAAGACGUUUAUGGUGGCUCGGUCACAGCUCCUGCAGCAAGGAAACCCUACGCAAAUGGCAGCAAUGUUGAUUAUGACGCGCGCUCAGCACGAUCUGCUUCUCCUCCUGCGCCACCAGCUGAUUCAUCUGUGCCGCCUCAUCCAAAGUCAUACAUGGAUAUUAUGUCUAUGAUCCAGAGAGGAGAGAAGCCUUCAAACAUUCGGGAGAUUAACGACAUGCCACCCAAUCCGAAUCAACAGCUAUCAAAUCCUCGCGUCGCUCCUAAAACUAAGCCAUGGGACUAUGGUCAAGCACCGCAAGACGAGAGUUCCAACGGUCCAUGGUGGCAACAGAAAAACCCGAGAUCCACUGAUUUCGGCUACGAGACAACAACAAUGGCGCGUUCCGUGGGUAUCCAAAACGAAACGAGUACAGUGGAACCAGCAGCUCUUCAGAGGCAGCGAUCAUGGGUUCCUCCACAACCACCUCCAGUUGUUAUGCCAGAAGCAGCCGAGGCUAUUCGUCGUCCUAAGCCACAGGCUAAGAUAGACCAAGAAGCACCUGCUAGUGAUGACCAGUCAGGUUUGAGCGAUGAGUUACAGAAGAUCACCAAGUUCUCUGAGUCUGGUGGUGGUGAUGAAUCAGGAAGAUUGCAGAUUUCAGAGAUUCAAGAAGAAAUAGAACAGCAACAGAUCAUCCAAGAAGGGAACUAA